AUGAUUGGGCUGGUACGUGUCCCUGCUGCAGAAGAUGGCUCAUUUGCGACAUUUACUGAAUCUGUACCCCGGCAUUUAGAAACGUUCCUAUAUCUUGGCUACAUUGGCUUGAUCUUGAUUAUCUUUGAGGGUGGUUUGAGCACUCGCUUGGAUCUGCUCAAGGCCAACUUCACAUUGUCGAUCUGUGGAGCUGCCACCGGCGUUCUGUGUCCAAUCGGUUUCAGCUAUCUCCUGCUGUAUCUUGGGUUCGGCUACGGCGCUGUCGAGACAUUCAUCAUCGGCGCUGCUCUGAGUGCCACGAGCCUGGGCACUACUUUUGCUGUCAUCUCAAGCGCUUCCAAGGACGUCGAUCUCAGUCAAACCAAAGUCGGCGCUGUACUCGUCAGCGCUGCAGUCAUCGACGAUGUCACAGGUCUCGUCAUGUCCAGUGUUAUCCAUGACUUGGGUAGUAUCGCUUCUGGAGGCAACGUCAACUUGGGAUGGUUGAUUGGCCGACCUAUCGUCGCAUCUGCGGCUAUGGCGAUACUCACCCCAGUCCUCACCAAAUGGUUUUUCGCUCCUGUCUUCCGGACAUACAUCGAGAAGCACUUUCACAAGUUUGACCACUUGUCCAACAUCAUACUGAUGAUUCUGGUUUUGUCAGCCUUCAUCUCGAUUGCUGCCUACGCAGGGACUUCCAUUCUGUUCGGAGCUUUCCUCGCCGGUGCAUUCUUGACGUAUCUUCCUUCAACGCAUCCGGAAGGUCCGUUCGUGGUCAUGAGUAGGGAGGAAGGCGAGCGUUCCAAAGAUAAAUCUCCGACGUUCGUGCAUACUUUCGAAGUCUACUGUUUGGACGCACAGCAAUACGUUUUAGCGCCCCUCUUCUUCGCUAGCAUAGGAUUCGCAAUUCCCUUCCUGGACCUCUGGACUGGAGAAGCCAUCUGGAGAGGCGUCGUAUAUACCUUACUCAUGCUGUUUGGCAAGGCGAUUGUGGGUGCAUGGAUACCCAUUUGGGCUGCCGCAAAGCAUGACCCCAAGAAAGCGCACGAAGCACAACCAGAGUCCGCGGCCGAGAACGGAAAUUCGCUCGAAAAAGUCAAAUCGUCUCCUGAUUCACCGUCCCGCAAAGCUGCGAUACAAUCCUCCGUCUCACCCAUGAUUUUGCUUGGCAUGGCCAUGGUCGCACGUGGAGAGAUUGGUCUGCUAAUUGUAGAAAUUGGCUACAACAACACACCUUACGUUUCUCAGCAGGGCUUCAUAACAGCCAUUUGGGCUAUCUUGUUGAACACAAUCAUUGGACCUGUAUGCGUCGGAAUAGCCGUCAAGUACAAGGGUGCUAAGAUUGGCAAAGGCCCAUGGGGCUUGGUACCAGGACCCAACCAGGCUAUUGAAGAAGAGAUGGGUAGAAGAAGAGAGUCGCGUAUGCAACAGCAGAUGCAGGAAGAGGGCGAGGCGAGGAUGGAAGCGCACCGAAAUAGUCAGAUGGCAUGA